CUUGGCACACAGGUAACUGGUCUGGCCCCCGUCGCAGAGCAGUGGGGCAGCUCCGUUAAUGAUUUGUCAAGGCCCUUAUACAAGUGCCAGCUCCGUCCGCGGGAGCGCGGCUGGGCCCCGUUGCGCAUCGCUGAGCGACGGGCCGGCGCUGCCCGGGAGGAGGUUACCGGCCACCCCGGGCACGGCCGCGUCACCGCCCCGCUCAGGCGAAGGGGCCGAGGGGCCCGGCGAGCAGCGCCCGGGAGCGCUGGGCCGUUGUGUCGCUCGGCGGGGCAGCCCGGGCCGCCACCUCCCCUCAGCCGCCCCGACCCCUGUGAGGCGCGUCCGGGUGACACCGUGGCUCAGGGCCCGGGGCCGCACACCUGCCAGGGCCCGCCCCGCCCUGCCGCCGAGGAGCGGAGGUCUUCCCCGCCUCGGCGUGGCGGAGGCAGCCGGCAGGGCGCAGCUCGGCCCCCGCCCGCUCAGCGCUGCCUCCCCGUCGCAGCACGGAGCCGGCGGCCGCCCGCCCCCGCCCGCGCACGUGUGCCGGGGAAGACGCUCGGUGCCGCUCGCCGCCCGGGCGGCGCUUCCCCCUCCUCCUCCGCGGCGGAGCGGAGAGCAGCCUCCGCCCGACACCGCCGGGGCCGCUCGCCGACGUGCUUCCCGCGCGGGCGGCCGCGCAGCCAGGACGUCGCCGCGGCCGAUGGCUGCCCCGCUGCCCGGUGUGCCGCGCGGUGCGGGGCGGGCGGCGGAGCCCGCGAGUGGCGGCCCCCGCGGCGCGGCGCGCUGCCCCUGCCCGCUUCCCCGACCCCCUGCGGGGGACCCGCCGCCCUCGCCCCCCGACAGGAGAAAAAAGAAAGAUGACAAUAUUUUGGAGAUUCCAUCAAUUCCAAAUCCUUUUCCUGAACUGUGUUGUUCUCCAUUUGCAUCAGUUUUGUCAACCAGUCUGUUGCCCAAGGCAACUUCAAGAAAAAAACAGCUUUUUUAUUUAUUGCAGGUAAUUAAAGUAUAUAGUGAAGACGAUACUAGCAGAGCUUUGGAAGUACCACGUGAUAUAACAGCCAGGGAUGUAUGUCAGCUGUUGAUAUUGAAGAACCACUAUAUUGAUGACCACAGCUGGACUCUAUUUGAACAACUUACCCACACAGGUUUAGGAAGAGCUAUAGAGGAUCAUGAAUUAGUGAUGGAAGUCCAAUCAAACUGGAUAAUGGAAGAGGAAAACAAACUGUAUUUUAGAAAAAAUUAUGCCAAGUAUGAGUUUUUUAAAAAUCCACUGGGUUUUUUUCCAGACCAUAUGAUAUCUUUUCCAAGUGAGACCAGUGCAGCUGUAAGCCAUUCUGGGAUAUUACAGAUGUUCCUAAGCUCCAGCACGUAUCCUGAGAUUCAUGGUUAUUUGUAUGCAAAGGAACAGGGGAAAAAAUCGUGGAAAAAAUUGUACUUUAUUUUGAGAAGAUCUGGCCUUUAUUUUUCCACUAAAGGUACAUCUAAGGAGCCAAGGCAUCUGCAGUUUUUCUGUGAAUUCAGCAAUAGUGAUAUGUACAUGUCUUUGACAGGCAAAAAGAUUUCUGGAGCACCAACAAACUAUGGAUUCUGCUUUAAGCCUAACAAAUCAGGAGGAACCAGAGACCUGAAACAGCUCUGUGCAGAUGAUGAACAAACUAGGACCUGUUGGAUGACAGCAAUUAGGUUGCUUAAGUAUGGGAUGCAGCUGUAUCAGAAUUACAUGCAACCAUAUCAAGGUAGAAGUGGCUGCAGCCCUUUGAAUCUAACACCUAUGAGAAGCAUUUCAGAAAAUUCUUUAGUAGCAAUGGAUUUCUCAGGACACAGAAGCAGAAUUAUAGAAAAUCCAACAGAAGCCCUUUCAGUUGCAGUUGAAGAAGGAUUAGCUUGGCGGAGGAGAGGGUGUCUACGACUCAACUCACAUGGCAGUCCUAUUGCCAUGUCUAACAUGGCUAUACACAGAUCUCAGUCAUGGUUUCAUCAUAAAAUCUCUAGAGAAGAGGCUCAGAGACUUAUUUUGCAGCAUGGACUUGUAGAUGGGGUUUUCCUGGUACGUGAUAGCCAAAGUAACCCCAAAACAUUUGUAUUGUCAUUGAGUCAUGGAUUAAAAAUUAAGCAUUUUCAAAUUGUACCAUUGGAAGAUGAUGGGAAGCUAUUCUAUACCCUUGAUGAUGGUCACACCAGAUUUACUGAUCUCAUCCAGCUAGUGGAAUUCUACCAACUUAAUAAAGGAGUACUGCCUUGCAAGUUAAAACACUAUUGUGCACGAAUUGCUCUUUAACCAAAGCAUCUGUUGUUUCAUCAGAGGGAAAGGAAGAUACUAGAAUACUUUUUCCCCUCGAGGCAAUUUGUAUAGUAAGAAAAAGCAUUGCAUUGUAAAGAUUCUAUGUUAAAGCUGCAAAAAAAAUAUUCUAUAUAGAGAAGAAAUUUGUGAUUGUUACAGCAAAAUUACGGUUUAAAAAAACAUUAUUAUAUAAUUCUUUAGUGUUUUCUCGGACUUUGUUUUUUUCCUUCAACUGAAAACAGUUUUUUAAAAAAAUAAUAUUGUGUUAACUUCUAUAAAAAUACAACUGAAGGGAAGAUCUUUGUUCUUAGUUUUAAAAUUAACUUUUUGUCUCUUCAAAUAUUUCAUAAUUUCUGUUCAUCACAUAGAAGAAUAGCACUUACUGUGGUGAGGAUAAAAAGCUGAACUGCACAUUUUAUUUGUAAAUAAAAUGAACAAAUAUUUUGCACUAUAUUUUUGAAUGCUACUUCAAGGAUUAUCAUACACAAGAAGUGAAAAAUCAUUAAAACUACUUAUAACUGA